AAGGGCAUGAACUUAGUGAAAUAGAACCAGGAUAUAGAAGUCAAUCAGGUAGUAAAUAUAGCAAAAUUGAAUCAACUCCAAGUUUAGCAAUCACAAGCUUAUAUCAAAAACUUUUUUCAAAUUCAAAAACUAAAUUUUCUGGUCCAUAUAUAUUAGGAUGGAAUGAGAAUGAAUUACUUGAAGCAUCUUUAGAGGAUAUUCAAUUUCGUCCAUUUGCUAUUAAAGUUGGAAAUCUUCUAGUUUAUGUAACUAGUUUAGGAAUUGUAAGCAACAUUAAUAUGAUAGGAGCUGGCGUUGGAUAUAUAUCAUCUUUUAUUGGUGAAUUUAAAAAAAAGCGUGCUUUAUUUGUACAAGCAAUUGAAAAAGAUAAUUGUAAAAUUACAAUAUAUAUAUUAGAAAAUGAAUCAAUUGUUGCUUUGGAAAAAACGCCCGAUGAUGCUUGGAAAAAUAUUGUAGAGGUGAUUAAAGAUAUUAAAGACACAAGUGUUGCUGAUAUUCAACCAAGUGGAAAUUACAAGAAUAUUAAAAAACCAAAGAUUAAUAGAAUAUUGAAUUGGUUUGAAUUCAAAUGGCCAAUAGAGGGAGAAUUUGCGAGCCCCGAUCCCACUAGGUUGUCAAUAUCAGAAAUCAAAAAAGAACUUGACCAAAGAAAUUUGAAUUAUAAUAACGAAGAAAACAGAACAAACUUAAUUUGUUUAUUGAAAGCAAAUAUUCAACAAGAAACAUCAAAUAUGAUAAAGAUAGUUAAUGAUAAGGAAAUGAUAGACUCAGAAAGACAGAAAGAUGAAAUUAUACAAAUUCAACAGGAAAAGCUAAAGGACAAUAAUUAUUUUUGUUCUGGUUGGGCUUUGAAAGAAAAUCAGGAAUAUGGGAAAAAAGGAAGAGGCAAACGUAUGACAGAGGCAGUAAAAGAAAUUUUGAAAACCCUUUUUCAUGCUGGUGACGAAGAUAAAAGUGAGAGAUAUUUGGCAAAAAAAAUGCUUCAAGAUCUGCAACAAAGAGUAUAUACAGGAGAGUUAGAGGCUGACAAGAUUCUACAACUCAAAACAAUUAAAAACUGGAUUGGUCGGUAUUCAUCUUUAUACAAGAAAGAAGCGGUGAAAGAAGCUAAAGCUGCAGUUUCAAGCCAAAAAAAUAUCAAAUAA